AUGCAGAUAGAAAUCAAUGCCAUUAUAUCUGAUAUGAAGACAAAUGCACAAGAGGACAAAGAGGUGGAAAUAGUGUCUGACAGCCUGGGUCAUACUCAGGAGCCACUGCAGAGUCACACAUUCUGUCUGAAAAACAAUGCUGCAGGUCUGUCCUCAGAGGAACACGAAAACCCUUUAAAUGGAACCCAGCCGAAUCCAUUUGUAUACAGCAGUGUCCCCGCUGUUCCCCAUGCAGGCAAUUCAUUGCCUUCAGGAGCACUUGUUAAUGGACCUGGUUCACACCCCACCUCAGAGGUACACUGUGUCCUGAACAAAGGCACUGUUUUAUCCAACAAUGUCCUGGAUGCAGCGUGGCAAGUGGAGAAGGAUAGCCCCGAGGUGUUACCACCACCUAGUGAGCUUCAAUCAGACGCUUGGAAGAACACAGCGGGGCCGGCUGUAAAAACACUGGCCACACUGCCAGGUGUCAACACGCCACUGUCUCACUUGGAGGAGAAUGAGUCUAAACUGGCCUAUUCCACACUGUCAGGUGAUGGUGCAGAGCAAAUGCACAUUAGCAAACCUCGGAUAAAACACACAAUAGAAGCGGCAUCUCGACACAGUGCUGAAUGGUCACAAAGCUCCUCUGAUGAUAAUGGUGAUUUUGAAGUAAUCAGAUGGGAUUCAACAAGAGAGAGCUUCUUGCACAGUGGCAGAAGGCUGGAGACCAGAGUGACGCACCGAAGAGAAAAGCAGCACAAUACACAUGUAAAAACCAUGGAAGGCUUCCUGGAAAAGGUCAACAACAGUUUAAAUCACUCGUACAGACUUCUCCGUCCUGGUAAUGAUGUUGAAAAUGUUGACAUUGCAAACAAAGAGGAUUCUUUGGAUACAAAAUCAGGUAUUCAAUAUUCUGUCAUACCUUUCAGAGAUCUGUCAAGGAACACAGUGUUAGACUCUGAGCAGCGUAUUUCUGGUGCAGCACAGGAAGACUCUAAUGAGGAAAAUGACCCUGAAGAUGAAGACGGUUUUCAUCAAAAAGUGGAACAGUUGAAGGCAGAGCAACUUGAACAAGAUCCAUUCUUCUUUUCAUGCACAAUAUGCAAUGUUAAUUUCAUGGAGAAAAGACAUUUCCAUAGACAUAUGAUGUAUCAUUUAGGAAAGCAUAAUCAGGUGAAGACUGAGAAUGUUUCACAGGCCUUUAUAUGCAGGGAGUGUGGGCGUUUGUUCUGUGAUAGGAACUCCCUCAUGAAGCACAUCAUUAUUCACCAAGACAGGCUGGAAAACCUUAUGGGGGAAAUCAAAGGUCUCAAAAAUCCAGAAUUGGAAGACAGAGGCUCCACAGUGCCGUGCUCUCAAUGUGUAUUUGGUUGCAAUUGCCCGGAAAUCUUUGUCCAGCACGCCAAAGCAGGCGAUAAUCUGAAGCACUACUACUUUUGUGAGGAGUGUAACUACAUUACACUCACACAGCAGGCACUCGAACUGCACUUACAUGUCGCACAUCUUAACACACACCAGCCUCAGUGCCGGAAAAUGACUCAUACUAAUGAUGCAGAGGGAGCAGACCAUGUACAGUUUGAGUGUAAAAUGGGUUUUUUCACCAGCACAGACAAAGAAGAUUCUAAGAUGGAGAAUCUGCGAUCACGCUGUAAAAUUCUGGAUGACCAGGACAAAAUUGUUCUGUGUAAAGCAAAUCUGUUCAAAUCUGCUUUUGGAGAAACCGCCCAUUUUGCCCAUUGUUCCACUGGAAAAAGUGACAUUUACAUUCAGAAAUCUGGUGACAAAAGUUCUCCUCAGUUCAAGGGGCUUGUUGGCUGCACCGAAAACACACUGUCACCGUCUUUGUGGAGGAUCAGCGAACAUGGAAAAUUACUCCUAGAACCAGCAGGAAAAUUACAUGUGGCAACUGAUCUCACCUGUGUGGAAGAAGACGCUGAACAGAAUGGCCACAGGGCAUUUGGCAGCUCAAAGCAGGCAAACUGUCCUGCAACUGCAGAUUUUUUACUGUCAGCUAGAAAUCUUAAAUUAGACCAGAUGUUCUUUGAGGGUAGCAAGAGCGACCCGGAAAGCAGGAGCUUACCAAGCAAGCAAGCAAACCAAAACUCUCCAUCAAUGAGAAAAAUGUCAACACCUAAGCAUAACAGUAUUGACAAAAUGAAUGGUAGUAUAUUGCCAAGGCUUAGCCAGAGGCAUAAGAAACAUUCUGCAGUUAGGGAGUUGGAAAAGGGCUGUGAGGGCGGCCAUAACUUCUGUGAUGACACCAGAAGAGCUACAGGCAGCUUCUUGGAAAGCUCUGAGAAUGAAAGGAACCCGUAUGCUCGGAAGUAUUUCAAAAAGAGGCAGAGGUUUUCAGCCAAAGACCAAAGCCCCCAUAUCCUCAAGGAGGAAGGUGAUGGAGAUGAAGACUGCAGUGACAUAGAGCAGCUCAUAAUCAAGGAGGAGUAUAUCGAAACUACAGUGGGUGAUGAUUCCCCAGGAUCACCUCGUAUGUCUGAGAGUGAUGGGUUCGAUGUUUUCCCCUCGCAAGUGGUAGAACACAGGCCCUGUCCAUACUGCCCUGCCAUGUUUGAGUCUGGAGUGGGUCUGUCUAAUCAUGUGCGAGGGCAUCUUCAUCGAGUUGGCUUGAGCUAUAAUGCUCGGCACAUGGUUUCACCAGAGCAAGUGGCGCUGCGGGACCAUCAGCCACGAACUCGCAGGAUGAUCGGUACUGGCACAAGGAAAAUGAGAAAAGCUGUUAAGGCAGAAACCCAUGGAGAGCACACAUGUCCUCUGUGCUGGAGUUGGUUUGACACUAAGACUGGCCUCUCCAACCAUGUGAGGGGACACCUUAAACGAAUAGGCCGAUGUGUUACCAGCACCAGUAAGUCCCCACUGUGCAUCCUGAAUGAUCUGCUACAGGACAAAAGGGAACAUCAGAACAUACUCCGGGUCCUCAACAAGGGCCAGAUCCCCCCACAACCCUCAGCUUCUCCGAAGUUCAUCAGCAGCAACCGCCUGGUCCUGCUGCAUACUGCACUACCAGUGAAGAUCAAGUAUGACAUAGGAGAUAGAUUUGUACCAAAACAAGAAGCCAAAGCCUUUCAAGAGGGGGAGAAGCUCCAGGCAGAAACGCAAAGAGGCAUCCAGGCAUCCUCAAGCACUUUAGUUGAACUACUCAAGACAAGACACAGAAGUAUGGAACUAACAGCAAGAAACCAGGAGGCCUGUGGUGCCAGGAAGCUCUGUGGUAUGACCAAAGAUUACAAGGAGGAGACGAGCUGGACUCACGGAGAAUGUGAUUCAAAUAAGAUGUGUAGUCAGUGUCACAGCAGCCUCCCCGCUGAUGUCAUUCUGUCUGGUCAUCUUCAAACCUUUGCAUGCAGGAAGAGGAUUGCUGUUUUUGAAGAACCAGGCUAUGAUUAUAAACAGAAGAAGCCAAGACCAAGGCCUGGGUUAAAGAAGAUGAUGUUGCCCUCCUCGAAUGCUCAGAUAUACACACUCACCUGCAGAUUCUGUGACCUGGUCUUCCAGGGUCCCCUGUCUAUCCAGGAGGAUUGGAUCAAGCAUCUACAGAGGCACCUCCUGCAGAACAGUGUGCCCUGCUCAGGGAUGGGGAUGGUGGAGGUUUUGGGGUACGGGUCACAAAAAACAAAUAAGCAUGUCUCAUAAGUACCCACAUUUCGAGUAGGAUUGUAUGGAAUGUCCAAAAGUUUGCACAGUAUUUAUAAAACUCAUUGUUAUAGAUUAAUCUGCAACUCCUUCUUGAAAUAUAUGAUGAUUUAUAAUUUAUUUGUACUACUUAAUAAUGGUAUAUAUUAAUGAUACUGAAUAUAUUUGUAAAAACUUUAACUUUGUUAUAGGAUAUUUUAAUGCAGUAUUUUGCCUUAUACACUUCUACAAAAGUGGCAAAAGCCACAGCUUGUCGAUAUGAGCAAUAACAAGCUGGUCUGCGAGUGCCAUUGAUUAUAUAUACAUAUAUAUGUUGCAGAUAAAGUGUUAUGUGUUAUUAUGACAAACCAUUUUGUUAAAUUUGUUAAAUAUUUCAAUUUGUAUAGAUUUUUUGCCAUUAGGACAAAAGUUGAAAGGAGCAUUGCCAGUUAUAUUGGGGAUAUACACUGAAGCCUUUCAAUGCAGUUAAUAUCUCCUUUUCUUAUAGGCCCAACAUUAACAUAAAACUUUUAAAGCAGUGUACACGGGCUGUCAUUAGUGUGCUGAUGCUCUGAGCCGGUAUAAGACAGAAUCUCUCUUAAUCAAAGUGACAUUGAAGAUGCUGCAUUAUGUUGAGACAGCAUAUUCUGACAUUGUGUUCUUCUGCUUAACCUUCAACCAUCUUUCUGAAUCCAUGCUUUCAUCAUAGCUAACCAAAACUAUCGAUCGGAAAACUUUUCAAUUAUAUAGACAUUAUAAUUUUAUAUACACAUUGAUAUUUUAACGGAAGCUCGGUUUUUCUGAAGACUUGUUGAAAUUAUUAAAAUAAUUACUUAUACUUGAAAAAAAUACUCAUAACGAGCAAUCGUAACACCUCUAGCCCUGCACAUCGUGCACUGAAAGCAUAGCUACAGUUUGUCCUUAGCACGUUCUGUCAUCUAGUCUGCCAAAAAGCUAUAUAAAAACACUUUCAUUUUAGACAUGUCUAAUGCAUAGGUUAUAAUGUUUCCUUUUUUGCUACUGAUUCAGCUGAAUGAUUGUUUUGGAGGAGGUAAUUUGUGGUUCUGUUGAACUGAGUUCUGUUAUAUUGACAGGUAUAUACCACAUUUGAAUGAGCGUAUGCCAACACAUCUCACAGUAGAAUAAGGCAAAAGUAGUUUUUAAAGAACACAGACUAAAUCUUCCAAAAUGAGCAUCCACUUGAAUCCUCUUUAACACAGUUUCAACACAAACUGAACAUUACAGCCUUUAUUAAGGAGUGUUUAUUUAAGGACUGUUUUUUAAGAAUAAAUUUGUUUUGGCUAAGUCUUCCUAUUAAGCUGAGUAGCACCAUAGAACAAUAUAGAACAUAACAAACGUUUAUAUAAUAUAAGAACUGAAUGAAAUGAAAUUAAUGAAAUAAGUAUUUGAUCUGCUUUUUUGACCAGAAGUGAGAAUAGGUAUUCAUCUAUUUAACUGUUCUUCCAUGACAUUUUCAGCUUGUUAUGCCUGAGACUUAAAAUGUGUAGGUAUGUAGCUUUCCCUAAAAUAAGACGCUGUUCCUAUUUUUGUCAUUACAAGUUGUUAGAUUAUAUUUGUUUGUACUACA